AAGACACCACCAUCACUCAUCACUUCCAACACAUCCUUCCAUCUACCAACCAACCUUUAAUACCAUCACCAUCAAUAUGCAGUUCUCCACCGUCGUCCUCGCUCUCGCAGCCACUGCUUCUGCUGCCGUUCUCCCCCGCGCCAACCCCCAGGGACAGUGGCUCGCCAGCCUGACCCUCGGUCCCGUUGUCGAGGAUCUCUACCUCACUGCGGAGUUCACUUCCGACGAGUACUCCGGCGACAACAAGCUGCACAACGCCUGCGUCCAGAACGGCGAAGGCUUCCACCGCUGCGACCAUGUCGAGUUUGACUUCUCCUACGACGGAGCCACCCUCAACCUCACCCAGAACCUCCCCAACGGUGUCACCGUCUUCGGAUCUGUUCCCUUCCCAGUCACCACCUACCAGGAGGAUGGUAGCUUCCGUGACACCCAGAUCGUCCCUGUCACCAGCGCCAUUGCCUAGAUAUGUGUAACGAUGGAUGGAUAUUAGCCUUUCGAUCUACUGGCCUUAAAAGUAGUGUGUACAUAUUGUAAUGUAAUCCUCAAUCUCGGGAUCGACGCAAGUUGAUCUCGUACC